ACGCGGCCUGCCUGAGCGGACCGUGGGCCCCGGCUGGGCCGGGCUCGGCUCGGGAGCGAUGGAUCCCGCGGCGGAGGAAGCCCGGCACCUGGGGCUCCGCUUCCAGCGAGGCUUCCUGGCCGGCAGGCGGCUCCGCGCCUUCCCCUGGGCGGAACUUGAAAAAAAAUUAAAGAGUUCAUCAGAUGCCUUGCUACUGCUGGAUAUUUUACAGAAGACUAUUCGUCACCCCUUAUGCAUGAAAUAUCCCCCUUCUGUGAAGUACAGAAGAUGCUUCAUAUCUGAACUCAUUAAAAAGCAUGAGUCCAUAGCAACUGAACCCCUGGAUGAAUUGUAUGAUGUACUAGCAGAGAUUUUAAAUAAAGAAGAAUCUACCAACUGUUAUAAAAGCUACUUACUGCCCACAGGGGACUCCGUUACACUUUCUGAGACGGUGGCAAUAAUCUCACAGGGAACCACAGGACUGGUCACAUGGGAUGCUGCUCUUUAUCUUGUUGAAUGGGCAACAGAGAAUUCUGCCAUUUUCAGUAACAGGACCAUCUUGGAAUUAGGAAGUGGGAUUGGCCUCACAGGAAUUGCAAUCUGUAAAACCUGUAAUCCCAAGGCAUAUGUAUUUAGUGACUACCAUCACUGUGUUCUUGAGCAACUGAGAGAAAAUAUCCAUUUAAAUGGCUUUGUUCUGGAGUCUGAAACUGGGAAUCACACCAAAAUGCAAUCCCAAAACCAGAGGACAGAAGUGAUGGAUUUACAAGGACCAAAAAUAACAGUUGCAGAACUUGAUUGGGAUUCUGUUACAAAGGAACAACUUUCAGAGCUUCAAGUUGAUGUUGUCAUUGCAGCAGAUGUGGUGUAUGAUCCCCAGAUAACUUUAUCCCUUAUCGGUGUCCUGCAGCAACUUUCCACUUCCAAAACCAUUGGAAACCCACCUGAGAUCUACAUUGCCUUCACGGUUCGUAAUCCAGACACCUAUCAUCUCUUCCAAACUGAACUUGGUAAAGUUGGGAUUGGCUGGCAGGUUAUUCCUACUCACACAAAGAACCUUUUCCUAUAUGACCUGCAUUCAGACAUAAUUCUUCUAAAAUUACUUGCGUAGACUUUGUAAAUCCAAUAUUACUAAUAGAUCUUAUGCUUAGUCUGUCAAAACGUCUAUCAUGAUCGUGACAGUGACCUUGAAUUCUGGACAUGUACUUGAGUGGCAGACUUAGAAAGCAAGUUUAAGCUCUGUACAUUGUCAAUGUGUUUUAGGCCCCAAUGCUGCAAUUGAUAGUAGGUGGGUGGACAGCCUCACCUGCGUGCUGCCCUUCUGCCUCCAGUGCGGUUCCUUGGGAGUCCAUAGGUCGUCAGUUGCAGGAUCGGGGCCCCAUUCAGACUAAGAUUUUAUUCUUCCAGAGGGCACAAGGAAGAAAACUGUAGCGUUUCUAUGGCAUUGUGAUAUGCACACAUUGGAAAUAAGUUUUGUGAGACCAAAAUAAUGAAUCUUUUCCCGGCAUGAUGAAAUAAAGCAAUGAACCAUUUCAGUUUUUAUAUUAAAGAAUUAUUUAUAUUUACUGUUGUUUUUGAGCCAUGAUCUGUUCAUUCAGACUCUCUGCAGUGCUUGUCGUCCUGUCACAACUUGAAUAAUAGAAUAGCUACAAUAAAUGCGUUGCUGUUUAUACAGUGC